AUGCCGAAUAUCGUUGUUGUUGGCGCCGGUGUAUCUGGCUUGACCUGUGCCUACCUAUUGUCGAAGCAGAAAGAGAAUGCCAUCACAAUCAUAGCGAAACACAUGCCUGGCGACUAUGAUAUAGAAUAUACUUCACCGAUAGCGGGAGCUAAUGUUUUGCCGAUGGCUACGGAGAAGGAUAGCAGCUGGGAACGCCGCACGUGGAAAGAGUUAAGGAGGUUGGCUGCCGAGGUCCCCGAGGCUGGCAUUCAUCUACAGAAAUCGCGAGUCUAUCGACGCGAGAAAGACCUGGACAUGCUGAGGAAAGGGGGCUACAGUUUUGACAGCCUGUACGUUGAGAAUCCUUGGUACCAGUCCUUAUUUGAUGACUUCAGAGAGCUGUCCAAGGAGGAUUUGCCUGAGGGUAUGGCAUCAGGAUGUGAAUUCGGCUCGGUAUGCAUCAAUGUGAUGCUCUAUCUGCCUUGGCUGGUAGCCCAAUGUCGCAAGAACGGGGCUGUCUUGCGACGCGGGGUGUUGAAACAUAUAUCUGAAGCAUCUCGUUUGAGCCACACAGGCGGUAAAGCUGACGUGGUCAUCAACACCACUGGUCUAAUGGCAUCAAGACUUGGUGGCGUAAUGGACCAGAACGUCAUUCCGAUACGUGGUCAAGUUGUGGUCGUCCGAAACGAGGCCCCCUAUAUGCUGACCAAGUCCGGUACGGACGAUGCUGACGAUGAGGUGUGCUACGUUAUGACGAGAGCUGCUGGUGGAGGCACAGUUCUUGGAGGCACAUAUUCGAAAGGUCAAUGGGACAGCCAGCCUGAUCCCAACCAGGCAAUGCGCAUCAUGCGCCGUGCCGCUGAGAUGAUGCCGGAGAUUACGGGUGGAAAGGGUGUGGAAGGCUUCGACAUCGUCCGCCACGCUGUUGGUCUUCGUCCGUACAGAAACGGCGGCGUUAGGAUCGAAAAGGAGAAAAUUGAUGAUACCUGGGUGGUUCACAACUACGGGCAUGCUGGAUGGGGAUAUCAGGGAUCCUAUGGGUGCGCACAAGACGUAGUGGCACUUGUUGGGGACGUGUUGAACAGACCGAAGCUAUGA